AUGUUGGUUAGUGAAGAUGCUGAUUUUUCCAAAUUCAAUUGGAAAGUAGGUCAAAGAUUUCCUAGUAGGGCUGCAUUUAGGAAAGCUGUUUCAAAGUAUGGUAUACUUCAAGGCAGAAAUUUAAAGUAUAUUUCAAGUAACAAAAAUAGGCUAGAAAGACUUGGAGUUGUUUGUGUAGAGGGAUGUCCAUUUAAGCUAUAUGCUUCUUGGGAUACUAGGAGAGCAACAUACUUGGUGAAAAUGGUUAAGAGUGAGCAUAGUUGUAAUAGGACAAUGGAGAGGAAUCACCAACUAAAGUCAAGUUGGUUGGCACAACAGUUUAUAGAGGUAUUCAAGAGUAGACCACAUUGGCCUGCUAAAGAAAUUGUAGAAACUGUUAGGAGAGCAUAUAGGAUUGUGAUUAAAAGGGAUGUUGCAUACAAGGUUAAGUACCUUGCACAUAAGCUUCUUCAUGGCUCUAUGCAAGAGCAUUAUAUGAAGAUUGGGAGGUAUUUAGAAGCUGUAAAAGCUUCUAGUCCAGGAACUCAUUUGGAGUUGUACACUGAUCCAAGUGUGAAGAAACAACCUCCUGUUUUUCAGAGGUUAUAUCUGGGAAGGGAUGGAAAUGAUCAGAUGUAUCCAAUAGCUUGGGCUAUUGUGGAAGGUGAAAACAACCUUAGCUGGAGUGGUUCUUCAGACAGUUGCAAAGGAGUUUGGCACUUGGAGAUGGGGGAUGAGAUGAAACUAUUGUUUUGGAGUAUAGUAAAGGCAUACAAUGAGGCAGAUUAUAAUGAUGCAUUAGAUAAUCUAGCCAAAGUGAGUGAUGAGGCUGCACAUAGUUUCAAAGCAUACAAUCCCAAACUGUUUUGUAGGGCAUUUAUGAGCACUAGCACUAAAGCUGACAUAGUUACUAGCAAUCUAGCAGAAACUUUCAAUGGUUGGAUCAUAAAUGCUAGGACAAAACAUGUCAUCUAUAUGCUAGAGGAUAUUAGGGCAUCUUUGAUGCAAAGAUUGGUUAAAAAAAAGCAAGAAAUGGAGAAGUCUGCUUCCCUCAUUUGCCCUAGAAUCAAAACAAAGCUUGAAAAAGAAAAAAUCAAGGCUGCUUUUUGUGAUGUGCUACCAUCUACUGAAACUCUAUUCCAAGUGAAUCACCAACUGGACAGUUUGAUAGUUGAUUUAGAGGCAAGAACAUGCACAUGUAGGAGAUGGGAUUUGUGUGGUUACCCUUGUUGUCAUGCUGUUGCUGCCAUUUUUUUCUGUCAUAAAGAAGCAGAGGAGUUUGUCCAUGAAUGCUACAAAAGAGAGGUGUAUCUCAAGGCAUAUGCAGGUUCCAUUCCACCAUGUGAGGGUGAGAGACAUUGGCCAAAGGUUUCACUUCCACUAGACCCCCAAUUAAAAUUGGACCUGGUAGGCCUAGGAAAAACAGAAUUAAGGACCCUUUUGAAGAUCCUAAAUACUCUGGGAAGAUGA